AUGAAGCCCACUAUGGGAGUUGCCAUUAUUGGAGGAGGCUUGUUCGUCAAGGGGUCACAUCUGCCUGCUGUUCUCAAAUGCGAGCUCUUCAGCCUCAAAGCCAUCUACUCAAGGUCUCUCAAAUCAGCUCAAGAAACGGCAAGCCUCAUUCCCGACUCAGUCCCCAAGCCGGAUCUUUACUCUGAGGAUUCUGGCGCUGGCAAGUCGUAUCAAGACAUUCUUCAACGAGAUGACAUCUCCGCCGUCAUUAUUGCCCUCCCCAUCCUCAGCCAGCCUUCCUUCAUCGAGGCGGCUCUCUCUGCUGGCAAACACGUCCUUGCGGAGAAGCCCAUUGCCAAAGACGUCACUGCUGCACGCGCCCUGAUUGCCAACGCUCAACGUAUUUGCUCGUCGACCAAAGCCACCUUGUCCAUUGCUGAGAACAUUCGUUUCUACCCCAGCUUUGCCUAUGCCGCCAGCGAGGCUGCAAAACUCGGCAAGGUUCACAACUUUAGCGUUCGCGUCCUGUGGCGCAUCGAGGCAGACAACAAGUGGUACAACACCUCGUGGCGCCAAAAGCCCGACUAUCAGGGAGGUUUCCUGCUUGAUGCCGGCGUCCAUUGGGCCGCUGCCACGAGGCUGCUGCUGACAGGCGACGAGAACAAGCCGGAGACGGUGCAGGCAUUCACCGCACAGAUGUGUGAGCAUUUGCCGCCCAUCGACACCGUCAACGCCAUCAUCAAGACACAGUCUGGAGCAACGGGCGUGUUUCAAAACUCGGCUGGAUCCCACCUCCAGGCUUUCGAGUGGAGCUUCUCGUAUGAAAAGGGUGCGGUCAAGAUCGCCGGCGAGACAGUCACAGUAGAGCCCGCCAAUGGAGAGGCGUAUGUCAAGGAGUUCACCAGGACGAAUGGCGUGACGGAAGAGGUGGCCGCCUGGGCUCAGAGCAUUCUCGACGGCAAGGUUAACCCCUUGCAGACGCCUGAACAGGCUCUCGCCGACUUGGAGUUUGUGGAGAAGAUGUUUACCAGCGGAGAUGAGAACGGGUCGACGCAAAAGUAUGAGCUUCUAUAG